AUGGGCCACCUCGAAUCUCAUCUCCUCCUCCUCUCUCCCUCGCUGAAGCCCAACGCGGCAGGGCAGGCCUUACCUCAGAAUCUAGAGCAUUCUAGGCUGGUUGGGUGUGAAUUGCCGGCAAAGCCCUCGUCGUCAUCGUCUAUCAGUCGGCAGCUGCGGGCGUUCGUUUCGCUCAUCGUUUUUUCCGCCAUCUUCCUCGUCGUGUUUCUUUUCAACUUUACCUUUAUCGCGUCCAGCGUAUCCCCGUUAGUGACCUUCCUCGAUAAAGCCACGGAUUUAGAGGGCCCCGAGAAGGCCGGCGCGUCGUAUUUAGGCAACGUGUUGGUGGAGUAUGGUCGGAAGAAACAGCUGUCGUCGCAACAGCCGGAGAACCACCCUCUUGCACAGCAGCAACAGCAACCGCAGCGGCGGUCGUGGAGAAAGCCGCCUGGAAAGAUCGCGUUUCUGUUCAUGACACGUGGCCCUCUUCCGCUCGCCCCGCUGUGGGAGAAGUUCUUCAAGGGCCACGAGGGGCGCUACUCCAUCUACAUCCACGCGGCGGACCUCUCCUUCCGCUUCCCGCGCAACUUCUCUGCGCUCUUCCGCGACCGCAUCAUCAAAAGCGGCGAGGUGUCAUGGGGUGAGAUGUCCAUGGUGGACGCGGAGCGGCGGCUGCUGGCGGCGGCUCUCAAGGAGCGAACCAACCACUACUUCGUGCUGCUGUCCGAGGCAUGCCCCUUGUCUCUUCCAUCCCGCCUUUACCCGUUCGCCUCUCCCCGCGCUUCAGCUUCUCUGACAGCGGUCAGGUGCAUCCCGACACCAAGCCCCCCUCUCCUCCCCUCUUUGCCCACACUCAUCCCGCACUCAUGCCCCCCUCCACCCGUGUGGGACUUGGACACCAUAGCCACCUUCAUCAGCUCUACCACCUCAAUCCCCUUCAUGCCAGCACACGUGCCCCUCGACCCCCUCUCAUCCCCUCUUUGCCCACACUCAUCCCACACUCAUCCCAUACUCAUGCCCUCCUCCAUCCCCUCAGCGGCAUUGCUUCGUCCCUCUUCCACUUCCUCCCCCCUCUCCCUUCCUCCCCCCUCUCCCUUCCUCCCCCCUCUCCCUUCCUCCCCCCUCUCCCUUCAUCCCCCCUCCCCCUUCAUCCCUCUUCUCCCUUGUGACUGCGCCCUCCCCCCCUCGCAGUGGUUCAUACUGCAGCGGCGACAUGCACAGAUGGUGGUGGCGGACAAGGAGCACUACGAUGUGCACAACCGCACGUGCUCUGUGAGUGAGAGCCCGCUUUGUGGUGUGGUGAGCGGUGCUGUGUGGUGUGGUGUGGUGGCGGACAAGGAGCACUACGAUGUGCACAACCGCACGUACUCUAUGAGUGAGAGCCUGCUGUGUGGUGUGGUGAGCGGUGCUGUGUGGUGUGGUGUGGUGGCGGACAAGGAGCACUAUGAUGUGCACAACCGCACGUGCUCUGUAAAGGACCGCCGAGGCAUAUCGCACUACCCCACCACCUUUACGGACUGGCGGCUCAACCAGUACCAUCCCAUGCUGUACCACCGCCAGAACAUCACUGCCAAAAUGAUCAAUUACAUGAAGACAACACAACAAUACAUCCAAUUUCGGUCCUUCUGGCGGGAGUUCAAGAGUAACUUCACUUACGUGAGUUGCAAUCAGUACACUUGA